GCCGCCUCUGCAGGGCAAUAUACGGAGAGUGAGUCCAAAGCGCACCCCCUGCCAAACUCUGACGUUCAACUUGUCGCAGCCGCUCUUCAGUUAUUCAAGCGAAUGAACCCGCUGCUGCCUCAGCCCAACCGCCCAGGACAUCUCUUUACCUACGUCGCUGCACUGCCCGUCAAGCGGAUUCCCGUCGUGGCAUCCCGCUUUACCAUCAAGAAGCCGCAGAACCAAAUCUCGUUCCUCAUGCAAGCCGUGGGCGACGGGGUCCCAGAACAUGAGGCCUGCGCGAAAUGCGCCGGCCGGAUUGGCGUGUACAGGAAGGCCUGCGUGGUUGUCCGCGACCCGGAAGUGGUCGAGAUCACGGGAGGCGGCUGCGCCAACUGCUGGUACAGCCGACAGGGUUCGAUAUGCACCUUCCGGUCUCCAACGCCGACACAACAGCAGUCAGCGCAUACCACGGUCUCUGCUCGAGAAACACACAUUCCCGUCCCCCGGAUUCCGGCCCCCUUUCAGCCGGUAACGCGCUUACCAGAUCUGCCAGUGCAGGCGCCGGCGCCGCUUCACCCAAGCUAUGUGGCCGCUCUCGCAGCCGGCGCCGUUGCUGCCAGCCCGACGCCAGUCAUGGCUUCGAACGCCACCUUGGCCGAUCCCGCCAGUCUCUUACGGGACAACAAGAUAAGAGCGUGGGAGAGCCGGUAUGCUAAGAUGAACAUACGACAACCUGCUGCGUGCCCAUGAGCAUCUGGCUGAGUGGCAGGAGGACCUGGCCACGGGGUUGAUGACCAUGAACCAGGUUGUCCUGAUGAGGUUGAAGGAGAUGAAGGGUUACAAUCCGUGAUUGCGAUGCCCUAUGAAGUAGCACCUGUACAGUCGGGUGAACCGGAACAGGAAUAACGGGUUCGAGGGACGUAUGCGCAGGAAAUGGAAGCAUGUCAAUAAACACAUUGGCG